AUGGACCCAGAAGAAACUUCAGUUUAUUUGGAUUAUUACUAUGCUACGAGCCCAAACCCGGACAUCAGGGAGACCCACUCCCAUGUUCCUUACACCUCUGUCUUCCUUCCAGUCUUUUACACAGCUGUGUUCCUGACUGGAGUGCUGGGGAACCUCGUUCUCAUGGGAGCGUUGCAUUUCAAACCCGGCAGCCGAAGACUGAUCGACAUCUUUAUCAUCAAUCUGGCUGCCUCUGACUUCAUUUUCCUUGUCACGUUGCCCCUCUGGGUGGAUAAAGAAGCAUCUUUAGGACUGUGGAGGACGGGCUCCUUCCUGUGCAAAGGGAGCUCCUACAUGAUCUCCGUCAAUAUGCACUGCAGUGUCUUCCUGCUCACUUGCAUGAGUGUUGACCGCUACCUGGCCAUUGUGUGCCCAGUCGUAUCCAGGAAAUUCAGAAGGACAGACUGUGCAUAUGUAGUCUGUGCCAGCAUCUGGUUUAUCUCCUGCCUGCUGGGGUUGCCUACUCUUCUAUCCAGGGAGCUCACACUGAUUGAUGAUAAGCCAUACUGUGCAGAGAAAAAGGCAACUCCACUUAAACUCAUAUGGUCCCUGGUGGCCUUAAUUUUCACCUUUUUUGUCCCUCUGUUGAGCAUUGUGACCUGCUACUGUUGCAUUGCAAGGAAGCUGUGUGCCCAUUACCAGCAGUCAGGAAAGCACAACAAAAAGCUGAAGAAAUCUAUAAAGAUCAUCUUUAUCGUCGUGGCAGCCUUUCUUGUCUCCUGGCUGCCCUUCAAUACUUUCAAGCUCCUGGCCAUUGUCUCUGGGUUGCAGCAAGAACGCUAUUUUCCCUCAGCCAUGCUUCAGCUUGGUAUGGAGGUGAGUGGACCCUUGGCAUUUGCCAACAGCUGUGUCAACCCUUUCAUUUACUAUAUCUUCGACAGCUACAUCCGCCGGGCUAUUGUCCACUGCUUGUGCCCUUGCCUGAAAAACUAUGACUUUGGGAGUAGCACCGAGACAUCAGAUAGUCACCUCACUAAGGCUCUCUCCACCUUCAUUCAUGCAGAAGAUUUUACCAGGAGGAGGAAGAGGUCUGUGUCCCUCUAA